GGCUCACUGUUCCUCUAAAAAAGUAAACCCUUUCAUUGUGCCCUCCAUAUUUGCUUUCAUCUUCAUUUUGCUCGGGUAUGCUCUUUUCCUUGCUCUGUACAUUAUGAAGGACCCGAACGAUGUGAAAACAAUCAUUUGGGUUGGUCUUGCUGUUGGUGCAUCCGUUCUGGUGUCUUUAAAUUGGUGGGAGAACUAUUUAAGACCGAUUUCUGAAAACAGCUCCUCCAAGUUUUUGAAAGAAUUGUUUCAAGACAUGACGACGUGCCAGAACACACUGUGUAUCUUCUCCACCCUGGUUAGAAUUGCAGUCACUGCCUGUGUGGUUGGCGCCUACGUCCAUCUUGCCCAAAUGGACUGGAGCACAGUCACUUCCAUUCCGGGCCGGGAAGCACGGAUCAUUGUCAUCAUUAUUGGAGUUCAGUUGGUCUCCUCAGUACUCUGCCAAUGGUUUUCAUUGGCAGCCUGCAAGAUGCAUGCAGUGCGGCGGUGCUUCCUCGUGCCUCUGUGCCUGGCCUCCCCUGCUGUCAUGGCAAUGAUCAUCGUACCAAUCAUCAUUUAUUACUGGGACUUCAAAGCACUUGCAGCUGAAAACAGCAAUUUCAGAAGCUACUGCAACUUCUUGGAUGGAAGAAAUCUAAGCUCAAACAACACUGUAUUUUCACUACUGGUCUGGGAUGCCUCCCAAACAUUGUGCUUCCUGGACCUGUCAAAGAUUCUUGACAUUGGUAUUCUCACAGGUAAGAAACCAUGUUUAAAGGAAAGUGGCAUAUUUGUUUCUUUUGUUACAAUUGUUAGUGACAUGAUAGGAUGAUCGAAAAACUGCAGCGAAGAUUGUUUUCCAAUACAGUAUUGACAGGUAUUUUUGAUAUUCACUUUCUAUUGUAUGUAAAAAUAGGUUCUGCUGUGUCCUGGUGGGUUGGUCUUGUAUUGGCUACGGUUCACAUCUGGAAACUCAGACUCUGCAGGAUCCAAAAAACCCAAGACCUGUUUGUACGGAGGCUGUACGAAGGAGCCUUCAUUGAGCAAUCCCUGCUCCUCAACAUUCGGUUCCACAUUCCAAAAAGAAAGAGAAAGCAUGAGUAUGAAUCUUGUACAGAUAUAUUGUUCUGCUUCUUUUUUUUUUUUUUGCUGCAUUGAGUUUUCUAUUGACUAGAUUAACUUUAUAGGAACUGAAGUAACCAAUUAUGUUUAUCUUUUGGUAUUUCCCUCCAAUCUAGGAUUACAAAUCUUGGACCUGCAAUGAUUUAUCUCUGUGCCACCAUGUGGCAUGAAACCAAUAGUGAAAUGAUGAACAUUAUAAUAUCUAUUUUUCGGUGAGAUAAAUCAAUUUUGUAAAGACAUUCAUUCGC